AGCUGAUGAUAGAUUGGAGCUCUGGAAAGCAAAAAGCUCAUCCUCUUUACAUCCAACUAUGCUACCACCUCGAGCUGAAUAUUAACCAGUCUUUCCUCUCUCUAUGGCAGGAUUUCCAUGCCUGGAAGGCUGAAACUGAUCACUUAGUCCCAUCUCGCGUCGCCAAGGUACAUACAUGGGAUCGGGUUCUCCAGGCGAAGGAGCAUCCGUGAUUGGCCAAUCAACACCAAAAGAUCCACUCAAAAAGUCUUCUUCAAACGUCAUGCAUCCCAACUACCAGAUCUACCCCACAAACCGCUAGAAAGCCAUCUUUUCGGCUCAAGGGCGGGUUUCUCCACAUCUCCAAUCUCAUAUCAAUAAUCUCAGACACUUCCCGCUGUGGUAUCCUGAUUGUCCACCUCUCAAAUGUCUUCCACCUUUUGAAAACUCAAGAUUUCGGAAGAAAAUGGCGUCUGAACACGGAAACAACUCUUUUUCUCUCCCAAACACCCUACAGCAUGAUUCUCCCGAUGAUCACAAUCCGGGGCAGCGGAAACCAUGGCAUCAACGCAUUCCCAAGCCUUUUCAUUCCUCGUUCCGGGACGAGCCUGUGAGAGAUAAUGUCUUGCACCAGGCUCAAACAAAUGUCACUACCAGGAGUAAACAUGUGCCGAAAUGGUACAAAGUGCGACUUUUUAGAGGCAUGGUCAAUGAUGUGAGGAGACGACUACCUUACUACUGGAGUGAUUGGACCGAUGCCUGGGAUUAUCGAGUGGUCCCGGCAACGGUGUACAUGUAUUUUGCCAAUAUUCUACCGGCUUUGGCAUUUUCGUUGGAUAUGUUUUCAAAAACCGACAUGAGCUAUGGAGUCAAUGAAGUACUGCUUGCCUCUGUCCUCGGUUCAGUGGUUUUUGCAGUGUUCGCUGCUCAACCGCUGGUAAUUGUGGGAGUUACUGGACCAAUUACUGUGUUUAAUUACACCGUGUACGACAUAAUGACGCCAACAGGGACCAAUUACUUUGCGUUCAUGGCACUCAUAGGAUUAUGGUCUUUAGUCAUGCACUGGAUUCUCGCCAUUACCAAUGCUUGCAACGCUCUCAAAUACGUCACAAGGUUCUCCUGCGACAUUUUCGGCUUCUACGUCGCUUUCAUCUACCUUCAGAAAGGCAUCCAGGUACUCACACGCCAAGGUUCAACAGAGCCUUUCUAUCUCUCGAUAGUCAUAUCGCUACUCGUUCUGGUUGUCGGAUACCUCUGUGGCGUGAUAGGAUCAAGUCCCCUCUUCCAGCACUACGUGCGAGUAUUCAUCAAAGAUUAUGGCACACCGCUUACGGUCGUGUUCUUCACAGGAUUUGUACAUAUUGGUAGGAUGAGGGAUGUUGAGCUUGAGACGCUACCGACUAGCAAGGCUUUCUCUCCUACGAUUGAUAGAGGAUGGUUUAUCCAUUUUUGGGACAUCAGUAUUGGGGAUGUGUUCAUUGCUAUACCAUUCGCAGUGUUGCUUACUAUAUUGUUUUAUUUUGAUCAUAACGUUUCGUCUCUAAUAGCACAAGGUACUGAGUUUCCCCUUCGGAAACCAGCCGGAUUCCAUUGGGAUAUAUUUCUCCUUGGCCUGACUACCGGAGUUGCUGGGCUUCUGGGAAUUCCUUUCCCCAACGGUUUAAGUAUGUUCAAAUUCCCGACUAUUAUCUGGUCUGGAAUAAUGUUACAAGAUCACCAGAUUUCCAGACCUACACCAACAUUGCUGAUAUCUUCAAAGUUCCCCAAGCACCAUUCCACACCGAAUCCCUCUGCGUAACCAAAGUCGUCGCCGACCCCCGCGAAGAAGGUUCCUCAAAAGGUCACGUCACGACGGUUAUUUCACACGUCGUCGAACAGCGCUUCUCCAACCUAGCUCAGGGUCUACUCACCCUCGGUACCAUGACCGGCCCUCUCCUCAUCGUCCUCCACCUCAUCCCACAAGGCGUCCUUGCCGGCCUCUUUUUCGUCAUGGGAGUGCAAGCCCUUGAAGGCAAUGGCAUCACUCUCAAGAUCCUCUUCCUCCUCAAAGACUCCUCCUUAACACCCUCAUCAGACCCCCUCAAGCGAAUUCAGAGACGUAGCGCGAUUUGGAUAUUCGUUGCAAUCCAGCUGAUUGGGUUUGGCGCUACCUUUGCGAUCACGCAGACUAUUGCUGCUGUUGGGUUCCCAAUCUUUAUCCUUUUGCUUGUGCCGGUUAGGACGUGGUUGUUGCCGAGGUGGUUUGAAGAGAGCGAGUUAAGACUUUUGGAUGCGCCGACGGCGAGUCCGUUUACGAUGAUUAGUGUUGGGGGGAAUUAUGGGGAGGAGGAGGGGGAUGACAGCGGCGAGGCGACGGCGGUGCAGAGUAGGUUGCAAAGUGGAUUGCAGAGCGGGAUACAAAGUGACGGGGAGGGAGUCUUAGUUGGUGGUAAGGAUGCGGAUGGGGAUAGUGACGAGGGCAGAGCGGAGCGCGGGGAAGGUGGAUCUAAAAUAGGUAUGAAGAGGAGAGAGAGUUGGAGAGGAGAGGGACGCAGUGGAAGGUGGGCUGAGAGUGCUGAUGGAUUCGAAAUGCAAGAUCGUAGACCAGGUGUUAGCAGGAAGAGUGUGAGUAGACAGUCCAAAUAAUACGACAGCCUUAAACAUAGUUUAGAGAAUGGAAUCUACCUAUAGAGUAAUAUAGGAAGAGUUUGAGACGCCAAAAUGUUGCCUCAUGUGUAACUUCUCUCCAGUGUGAGAGCCGCAGUUAAAAUUUGGUUGGUUUGGGUAAAGGGGGGUUAGCUCGCUUGGAAAACUUGGCUCCAUUUAAUUCACCUGCUCCACGUACUGUCUUGAAUUCAAUAGAAGCUCCCUGCUAUACUGAGGUUUAAAUGGUACUUAAGAUUCAAAAUGUAGCUCUUGCCGGUACUCCUAACAUUCACUACGGCACUUGAAUUCGAUGUGGGCGGUAUUUGUCGCAUUAUUUUGAGCAUUCGUUUCGUUUCCUUCCGCGGGACAUCAGCCGCCGCUGUCAGGGUAUAAGCUAUUCUUCAGUUUGGCGUGAUUCUUCGGUAAAUAACGCCGACUCACCGACUUUUGCUGUAGACCCCACUAAAAUAUAAUGACU